GCACGAAGGAAGGGAUGGUGAAUGCAUAGGGUGGUGGAGGGAAGGUUGUACUCAUCGCGGAAAGCCUUCCUCGCGUCUAUAUCGCGGCGGUAGCUGCGAGUCGCGAGAGCUCGACCGGCAGCUCGUACACGACCCCGACCGCCUUCUAUUUCAGCGUACUUUCAGUUCCGUUUGGAUACCCGAUCACAGAACGAGGCGGUUUUCUGCCCCUCUUCUCCGUCUUUGUCUAUUACCCUCUCGCUCGCUUUUUCGCUCGCCCUCUCUUACACUUCUCACCCUCUCUUCUCUCUCCCUCACCCUAGCUAUCUAGCUGUUGCCCCCUUGGCUCUAUCCGCGCACACGCCUCGCUUCUGCCGUCCGCUUCACCUUUUUCUCCACCGCUGUCUCAGUGUACCGCGAGUCGCCUACGUCUGCUUGUAGACCUCGUAUCGUCCGCGUGUGAUAGUGCGUCAACGAUCGUAGCCCUGUUCGCUCGUACCCGUCGUCCGAUCACCCAGUCACAUCGGCUUCGCUUCGCCACCGUAGCGGCCGGUGCGUACGAUGACCGAUCCACCUACCUCGUCGUAUCUUUCGAGGACGCGUUUGAGGAGCAAGUGAUCGCGAGCCUCGACGAACGCGUCGUAGUCGUGCAACGUCGAGCGACAACGGGGUAAGCUACGCGAGCACUAGCGUCAUCGUCUUCGGAGAACUAUCAACGAUAACGAUGACGAGGCGUCGUGAACGCGAACCAGCGGUAUCGUCCUAACCGAAUCUCGAGUCGAAGAUUUCGUACGCGAAUCUCGAGAGGGACUGGGCAGCGAUAAAGCAGCAUGGUUUUGCACAAGGACGAGCGAGUUAGCGGACGUGUAACGAACGAGAAAGGGAAGAGGAAGCGUGCCGAGAGGAUUUGAUGUAAGAGAAGCAAGCCUGCAGAAGUGGGAGCAGCACGCUUGGCCAAGUUGCCUGGAUACGGCUAGCAGCACCGUGUUGCGCUCCGCUGAAGUAGGAGGAAGCGAAGGAGGUGGAAGGUGGUGCUAAUACACGAAAGGAUGGAGGGUGCAGUGGACAGUAGUGGGACGAAGAAGACGAUGCACGAGGCCGACCAGGCUACGAACGCAGGCUCGUGCCGCGUCCAACAAUCGCGAUAACAUAGCUGCCUUCUUUGGAUACGAUUGCCUAUGAUAGUCGUGCCAGAAGCGUUACUCGCCGAGGCAACUCGCCGCGUCCAACUCUUCGUACUCCGAUCUCCGCAACUGCUAUCCCUUGAAAACUCAUCAACACCUUCGGCGCAAAUCAUCGUUCACCGAUACCUUCGAUUCGAACUGUACAACCUUUCGCAUCUCUCACGAUUCUUCCUCGAUUCUUGUUUGAAGGUGGUCGCGCGAAUUCCCAAUGAGAAAUUUCGAUAAGGUCGCGGACCAGAAAGUAGAAGUGUCAAGAAGAAACGAAAAGUGUGUUCGUAGUAUUUCGUUCCUCCGAUCGUACUUCCAUAAGGGAUGAGUGUAUUCGUGUCAGUGAAUACCGUAUUCGUAGUUGGAUAACGAAAGAGAAAGAAAACGUAUUAGGUCGAAUACACGCGUCUGUGAUCGAUACAAACACCUGUGAAACGAGCGCGUCCGAAAGACAUAUGGAAUUUUCUUUACGUAUCCUGAUACAACGGUCCUCUUUUCGUAAACGACGCGUCCGCUCGACGUGUACUUGAUACGCGAAGCUAGAACGUUGCCGUGUAACCGAUAAAUUGAUAAACGAUACCGAGACGACAGACGCCGAACGCAAUCGUAGGUGCUUAAAGCGAGCAUGCUCGGCGCGUGGAGAGGUUCGAUGCGGAUCUAAAACCGUGGUGUCGAUAGGCAGCAGCGGCAGUAGCGACCAACGAAAAGUUUGAGCGAGUACGCGUGUGGCGGGUGGUUGUACAAAGGAAAAGUGUCGAGGACAACGAUUGGUUAUGACGGCAAAGUCAGGCGGCAUCGUUUCGGGUGCAUCGUUGUGACGAUUAGCGUACAACUCGCGGUUCGAUCGUUUGCCUGUCGACAGGAUGAUCAGAAUCAGGAAGACAGUUCGCGACGAAGAGUUCCCGGGCGACGUUCGAGACGGUGAUCGCAGUUCGUAAAAGUGACACGAAAAAUAUAUAGUGUAGUGCGCGCACCAGUGGAGAACGGACGGACGACGGAACAGCGGCUGGAGAACGAAAGGAAGGGAGCAUUCGCCGGAUUCCGGGUGGCCGACUCUUGCGAAUAGGAAAUGUCGAGCUGGCCGAGUCUGCAAAAUUCAUUCGCCAUGGCGAACCAGACGAGAGGUCUGCCACAGAUGCGAAUAAAGCUUUGUACGGUCAGCGCCGGUCUCCAAAUAGUCCUCUUGCUCACCGUCCUACCUCAAGAGAGCCUGUGCGGACGUCACGAGAAACGUCUGUUGAACGAGCUGCUGUCAUCAUACAACACACUGGAGCGGCCCGUUGCCAAUGAGAGCGAGCCUCUCGAAGUGAGAUUUGGCAUCACGCUGCAGCAGAUCAUAGACGUGGAUGAGAAGAAUCAAAUAUUGACGACGAACGCGUGGCUGAAAUUGGAAUGGAUGGACUACAACCUUCAAUGGAACGAGUCCGAGUACGGUGGCGUGAAGGACCUUCGAAUUACACCGAACAAGCUUUGGAAGCCAGACAUUCUCAUGUACAACAGUGCGGAUGAGGGUUUCGACGGGACGUACCAAACAAACGUGGUGGUCACGCAUAACGGCAGUUGCCUGUACGUUCCUCCGGGCAUCUUCAAGAGCACUUGCAAGAUAGACAUCACUUGGUUCCCCUUUGACGACCAACACUGUGACAUGAAGUUCGGAUCCUGGACCUACGACGGCAACCAGGUCGACCUCGUGCUCAGCUCGGAGAAGGGCGGCGACCUGUCCGACUUUAUCACGAAUGGAGAAUGGUACCUGAUCGGAAUGCCGGGCAAGAAGAACACGAUAACGUACCAAUGCUGUCCGGAGCCUUACGUCGACGUCACCUUCACCAUACAGAUUCGCAGAAGGACUCUGUACUAUUUUUUCAACCUGAUCGUGCCGUGCGUGCUGAUAUCGAGCAUGGCCCUCUUGGGCUUCACCCUGCCGCCAGAUUCCGGGGAGAAACUCACCUUAGGAGUGACCAUUCUGCUGUCGCUGACAGUUUUCCUGAACCUCGUGGCAGAAAGCAUGCCGACGACCUCGGACGCUGUCCCUCUAAUAGGAGUGACCAUCUUGUUAUCGCUGACGGUGUUCCUGAAUCUCGUCGCCGAGACCCUGCCCCAGGUCUCCGACGCUAUACCACUGUUAGGGUCGUACUUCAAUUGCAUCAUGUUCAUGGUGGCGAGCAGCGUCGUUCUGACGGUGUUAGUACUAAAUUUUCAUCACAGGACGCCAGACAGAUACGUGAUGCCUCAGUGGAUUAAAACGUUGUUUUUACAAUGGUUGCCGUGCUUGCUGCGCAUGAGUCGUCCAGGGAAGAAGAUCACAAAGAAGAACAUUCUGGGAGGAAACCGAAGAGGGAAGAGUAUAGAACUGAAGGAGAAGAGUAGCAAGAGUUUACUGGCGAAUGUUUUAGACAUCGACGAUGACAUCCGUCACAAGAAUAGCGCGGCGAAUCCUCCUUCCGGCUACAUAAGGUCGGCGUUCGGUACACCAAUAUCUACUGGAAGGCCUGCAACGGUCGAAGAUACGUCGGCGUCGUUACCUCUUAGCGGGAUGCAAGAGGAACUGCACACGAUUCUUAAGGAAUUGCGAUUCAUCACGGAUCGCAUGAAAAAGGCGGACGAAGGCGAUGAGAUCAUUAGCGAUUGGAAAUUUGCCGCCAUGGUGGUAGACAGGCUUUGUUUGAUCGUCUUCACGAUGUUCACGGUUUUGGCCACGAUAGUGAUAUUGUGUCGUGCGCCACACAUAAUCGUCCAAUAAACAGACUGCCCCGGUCAAGUCACCGAAAAAAUGCACAAAAAAUGCCAAAGAAACGACGACACGUGGGUUUCGAGGAGGCUGUCAGGAUGAAGCGACCAAGGGACGAAAGUACGAAGAGGACUCGUUGCUUCGUACUUCCUCUCCUCCCGCUCUCCCUCUCUUUACGUCUCUGGUCUCUCGUUUUCUACUCUAACGAAGGAAGGAAACGAAGGAAUUGCACGCGAGGAAAACGUGUGAGACGGGCUUCCAGCUUCGACGAAAUUCCAAGAAAGAAAACGAAGAAAGGAGAGCGAGUCAAACGGAAAGAAAGGAAGAAAGAAGCAAGAAACGGGAAGAGACCGGAAGAGGAAGACCCGCCAGAGAGGUCGUCGUCCGUUCGGUUCUUGCUGGUCGACCAAAUUUUCCAACGUUUCGAUCGUUUCGAGUCGUCGUUGAACACGAAAGCGUUCCUCGCAUGGAAGAACCGAACCAAAAGUACGAAAAAACUAGGCAGGAAACGAGUCGAAGGAAUAGGCGAUAUAGUAGACGUUUUGCGGAUAGAGGAGAGCAAAGAAGGCGCCUCGACACGUUAUACGCUAUUGACAAUACACGGCCAUGUUGAGCGUUCACUUUCUUCGACUAACUUCUUCUCCGUUUAACCUAAUCGACCGCCGACCGCUGUCGCUUUCUCACUCUUUCUCUCUCUCUCUCUCCCUCUCUCUCUCUCUCUCUCUCUGUCUAUCUCCGGAUAGGUAAUCGACGCUCGGUGUCGUACGGCGAUCCGUAAUUUUAAUUAUGUAAUAUAUCGAAUCGCUAACGAAAGCGAGCACGUCGAUUCGUACGAGACUAUUAGGAGAAUUGGGAAAAGCUGUGUGUUGUACACAUUCCUCGAGAGAGUGUUGUCGCGGCCUUUCAGUAACAAUAGUAACAGAUGCGAACGAGAGAAAGAAGAAGGGCAACAAUAAUAGGAAUAAUGAUAAUAACAAUAAUAAUAAUGAUAAUGAUAAUGAUAAUGGUAACGAUAAUAAUCGUAAUGAUUAACGGUAAAUAAUAUUAAUAAUAAAUAGCUAAUAAUAAUGAUGAUGAUGAUUGAAUAAUACUAAUAAUUAUACUAUUGUUAAUGAUAUAACGUACAUAUGUUAAUAAAUGAAUAGUAAUAAUAAUAAUAAUAAUAAUAAUAACAAUAAUAAUAGUUAUAAUGAUAAUGAUAAGAUAAUGAUAAUCGCUUUGUGUGCGGGCGUUACGAUCGAAUCGUCAACAUUAUCGCGCCACUAAGGGUCUCCCGUGGAACUGAUACGGUCUUUAAAUAACUGCCAAAUAAAAAACAAGAAAACUCGAUACAGGGGCGUCCAACCUCUUUACAGGUAGAAACGUAAGCUGUAUUUCGCGUAGGAUUGUAAAUGUUACGAACUAUAAAUAUGUAUAUGAACUACACGUGUUGUUACAUGUUUUAAGAAGACGGAGCUUUCAAAAAGAAACAUGAAAAUCAGACAGGAUACUACUCAUCGUAUUGCGUUUAAUAGCAAUUCUAAAUAUCGAUGCCGUAAUUAAUUCGAUCAUGUCUUAACGAAAAAAUUUGCCUUCUAAAAUAAUUUAAUGGAGAAUAACUUAAUGGUCGAAUAGAAUAAAAUUCGAUGGAAAUCGUGGAGGAAGCAAAGUAUAGAGGACAAAACUGCCAAGUUGGACAGCCCCUGUUUUCCGUACAGACACGAAUCCGAAUUCUUGAAAGAUCUUCGAUAUGUCCGCGACAAAGGGUUCCGCAUCGAGCUAUGACUAAGAUCUGACAGAGAUACGUCAUUGAUCGCGUAAUCGAUCACCCGAUUACCCUGCUAUCGAUUUGCGUUCUCCGAUCAUACGGAAGUUCUCAAUGACUGUACUCUGGCCACUCGAAAACUGUUCCUCGAGAAACGUUCUUGUUCAAAUUGUUUGCUUACGCUCUUCCUAUGUUGGCUAAUAUUACUUUCCCUGUUAGCUACCUCGUUCCAUGUUAGCUAACAUUCGCGUCAAAAGCUACAUUCGCUAGCUUUCGAUUAUAAUCAGAGAAAUUAAUGUUGCAACUUUCGGCACGGUGAUAGCAAAAUACUUUUCCUUCCGAAAGUGAAGACCUUUUCAUUCGUUGUUUCUAUUAUUUACUUUUAACUCUAAUUUAUAUCCAAUUUCCUAAAACUGAGGAAAAAUUCGAUCGGUUCUCGUAUUUUGUAUCCCAAGCAAGGCUUGGUAAAGUGUGAUUCUAUCGCUUGUUAAAUUACAAAUCAAUGAGUAGCUUUUGACUCGUAUUCCCAGGAAUUCGAAAUCUCUAAUUACGUUCUCGAAUUCAACGCGUUACGAACGUACAAUCCGGGGGAAAAUGAAAAAAAAAAAGACAGCCAUCUUCGUCAAUCGUUACCGCAACGUGAGACAAAGCAGAAGUUGCGCUAGGUGUCUCUCGUGGCUCGGAACAAUGGGUUGUGCGAACAGACAUUUGUCGGUCUGGUGCGUAAUCCUAGUGAAAGCUCGACGAAACGUAGGAAUUCGAUGUCGCGGUGGGUGUACGCGCUUUUCUACGCGCGGAUCCCUCAUUAUUGAAUGGCGGGAACUUCAGUUUAAAAGCAAUGGCUGGAUUUCACGGUGUAUCGUCCAAUACAAAGACCGAAACUCGACCUAUUGAAUUUAUUUAAAAUACGUUGUCUGCUAUCAACGGGAUAAGUAUGUUACUGUAGGUAUACUAUCUUAAACUGCGGGAAAACAGUUAUAUUGAAUAACGCUAACCGGAACACACGUACUCGAAUUCAAGCAUCUUCGCCAAUUUGAUGAACGAGACUUUAAAAUUGCUGCAACACCUAACUGAACGUACGAAUAACACACCGACAACGCGCAUUGAUACCGGACACGUUAAUCGCUUCGUACUCGAGCGAAUUUUCAAAUUAACAUAAAUUACGUGGUCUUGAGAUAUAUUUCAGCCCUUUUGCAUAUUAUUAAAACGGAAUUAACGAAGGAAGAUGGACGAUAUAUCUAUAUAUAUAUAUAUAUAUAUCUUGAUGAUAUUUCUACUAUGCAAAGUUUCUACAUUUUAGCCACGCAUUCGUGUAUUUAAUAUUUAAUUAAUAUCUAAUAUUUAAUACAUAACAAAACGUAACACGUUGUAAACGGAUACGUUUAAUAUUCUGACGAGAUUCGGCGCGUAUCUGCACGGGACAGGAAUAUCGCGUUAAUCGUGUUAAUCACUUUUUACUCUAUGGGUAAUUAUAAUUACCCAUCUUAUCGUUAUAAUUCUAAUUACCAAUCUCGUCGUAAGUAAUGUGCACAGGAGAAUUAAAUUAGGACCGUGAAACUGAUAUCGAGAAACAUAUUAGGUUACGACUAAUUUUGUCACUUUUCAAGGAGAAUUCGAAUGUUUUAGGAAGAUAUCGUGUAUAAGAUUGGACAGAUUAAUGGAAAAGGCGAUAAGAAAAGAUUAUAGGAGGUACGGCAAUUGCACUCCUCGUAUCGUACAACGAAUGUAAAGUUAACAAUAUUCACACGAAACAUACGCAAGAAAUAAUAAUAAUCGUAAAUACAGAAUCGUUUUCCGCAACUGCGUCGAUUACGUUAACGGGACAAAAAAAAAAAAAAAAGGAUCGAUCAGAGGUUGAGAAAUAAAACGACAGAAUGCAGAAGUACAGUCAUUGAUCUUCGUAUCGCACAAAGAAACCGCCAAGUCCUUUGCUUAAAACUAUCGAAGCCCACUCUAUUUUUCCAGUAGCGAGGCUGUACGGAAUGAAAGAGUAUCGAUUAAUCGUUGAAACGACGCGAAGAAAAAGAAAACAUAAUAAUACUGAAUAAACUUCGAGGUGUUCUGAUGAAAUACUCAAAUAAUUCUGUACAUAGAAACAUGAUUGCGUGGCGUGGGACUCAAUGCGACGUAAAUAGGCAUCUCGAACAGUGUCAGUAAUAGUAAUCGUAAGGAUAAAUAUAAGUAAGAAUUUAAUCUAAAAUUUAAUAUAACGCCAUGUAAUUAAAGAAAUGAGAAACAAUGAAAACCAAGAAACUUCCAAGAUGCGAAUACAGUGUCAACGUAAAAGUAAUCUCGCGAUAAAUUUAAUAAAACGUAUAAAACGGAUCGUUGGUAAUCUUCCUUAGGAAGAUGCGUUCGAAGAAUCGACUCCUAGUUCGAUCGUUGUAAAUGGAAGAAAAAAGAGACAGCAAAAGGAAGCUACGUAUCGUCAUACGAGGGAAAGAGUAAAAUUUUCCAAAAUAUCGUCUCGAAUAAUUUCUUUCCGUCGAAACUGUUCGUAGUCACCGACAAUCAUUUCAGGCGAAGUAAAACGGCGCGCGCGAUUUAUAUUUAUAGGACGAAGCGAAAGAAAUUAUUAUAGUUUCUUCCUAUUUCUUUUUUUUUUUUUUUUUUUUUUUUU